CUUGACACAAAUCUCACAAUGCCAGUUUCAAGACGUCCACGUGGACAUUCCUGCGUCCGUUGCAACCGGCGAAAAAUCAAAUGCGAUGGAACGCAGCCAUGCUCUGCCUGUCGUAGCGCCUCCGUGAUCUGUUCUGCUCGACCCCCCGCGAAGUCUCGGCAGGGCAGGAUGAAAUUGCAGAAGCUAUCAACGCCGACGGUGUCAAAUUCCAAUGAAGCUGCAACCGACGAGAUUUUAUUAGAAGAUGAGGGCCAUCCACGCUACUUUAAUGAACCAUUAUGGGGUCAUUUAUCGAAGGAGUUACCUAUAGUACCAACUCCCAGAGAUGUUACCCAAGCCACCACGUCGACUUGUCCUGCAACCAGUAUCCUUUGGGGCCCCUGUGAAUAUCAAUCGAUACAGUCAUUUCGUCCAGCCCCAAGCCUGGCCUUUCAACUUUGGCAGAUAUUUUUGGAUAACGUCAAUCCUCUCUCAAAGAUGAUUCAUGCACCUUCAGCUCAAAAUAUAAUUACCGAAGCCACUCGUGACCAGAGUCGAGUGUCCCGUGGCUCGGAGGCUUUGAUGUUCAGUAUAUACCUAUGUGCAGUGAACUCCCUCAAAAAGUCAGAAUGCGAGACCACUCUCGGUGAAAGCAAGAAUGUAUUACUGCAGAGGUAUUUAACGGUAACUCAACAGGCACUUGUCAACGCAGAGUUUCUGCAGUCUAGUAGUUUGAUUGUAUUGCAGUCCCUUACAUUAUAUCUGGUGUGCAUGCGUCAACAUUUUGACCACAAAUCACUUUGGCUUCUUACGGGAUUGGCAGUCCGUAGCGCGCAGCGAAUUGGUCUUCAUAAAGCCAAUGGAUCGAGCCUGAUAUCUGCUUUUGAAGCGGAAAUGCGCCAUCGGUUGUGGUGGCAGAUUCUAUUGGUCGACUCCCGCGCUGCCCAGUUUGCAGGUCUUUCCUUGGAUAUCCAGAUGAGGGAUUUCUUUGAGUCUCGAAUCCCUUUGAAUGUUAAUGACUGCGAUAUACGACCUGAAAUGACCAGCUGUCCUCCUGAUAUCGAAACCCACUCAACAGAAAUGCUCUUCUGUCUAGUGAUAUACGAGGCCGCUCGGUUUUCUACCUCUCUACAACACGCCGAGGCCCAAGAUAUGGCAAGAAUUGAUGAAUUCAGGUCGUCUAUUCAGUCGAAGUACCUACGCUUCUGCGACGAGGCUAUUCCACUACAUCUCCUUACGAAACGACUAGUCCAAGGUCUUAUCGCGCAAAUCUCCAUCAAGAACUUUUCAAAUUGUAAGGAUAAUGGCACAACUAAUAUACCUGUGACUAAUAGAGAUGCGUUUUUUCUCUGGAACAUCGAGGUAAUUGAGUGCACGAAUGAGAUCUAUUCCACUGAAUGCCUACAGAGGUACCUGUGGUUCCUUCAUGGCCUCUUUCCCAUUGAGUCCUUUGUAAACAUACUAGUGGAGUUGCAACAUCGUCACCAAGGUGUUAUGGUUGAUAGAGGUUGGGACGCUAUCAGCAAUAUAUACAAUACUUUCAUGGACACUGAUUGGGUACCCUGCUCCAACCCAAAUGAUUUGCUGUACUGUGCAGUGGGUAAGCUCGCAUUGAAAGCAUGGCAGGCUCAUGCAAUAUAUCGACAUCCGACACCAUUGUGGGUGACACGCUUACGAGAGAAGGAACGAGCGGCGAACAACGAUCCUCUAGAAAAUCUUCUUUUUUCCAAUGUCCAUGAAGAGAUUGAAUCGGGAGGUGCUUUCGAAGGAGCCGAGGAUAUAUUUCAAAAUCUACACAUUAAUUGGGCCCUCUAGACCAGGUCAAUACGACCAUCAGAUAUAAUAUGUUGUAUGCUCUGAUUUCCAUAUAUGGUCUAAAUUACAUUUUACGUUACGUUGACAUCUAAUAAAGUUGGACAGAAUGCCUG